AUGCAAGGGAAGAAGGGUCAUACCCAUUCUGCUUCUUCCUCGUCGCAUAGUCUCCCACCCCGAUUCACGGUCCCUCCGAUGCCGCCCACCAUACAUCGAAAGCUUUCUCUUGUGGUUCGAGAUGACUGCCUUUUGAUCGUUCCGAGAAAAGAUGUCCACGGAGAUGCUGGUUCGAUUGGGGACAGUGACAAUGAUGAGAGGGGGGUCAAAAUAUCGUGGGGUCUCAAGGGCAAGGUGGAAUCUUGGGAGGGUCGCGUGCAAAUCCACGACGACGAGGCCAUUGAGCUUGGCGGUAUACUCGGUCUCGUGAGACUUUGGGAUGCUGCUUAUUUGCUUGUCUUUCUUCCAUCCUUACGCCCUCCCUUUCCUCUCUUCCGCGACCACGUCAACCCCAAAGUUGGCGAGGACACUGAUGAGCGAAGAAGAGAGGCAGGUCCGAGCUCGCACUUGGUUCACUGCCUUGCAGAUGUGCACCCUAUACCUCUGACGCAUGAUCUGGCGGUUAACGCCAUGGACAGACUCAAAUCGAUACAGUUAAAACGAAGGGCCAAACCUGCGAAAUGGCCAUUCCUAUCGGGUCUUAAUAUCAAGGCGCCUGCCCCAACGGAAGGUCCCGAGGAGCCUGCUUCCGAAGCGUCGGACGACUCGGAUGAUGAUGGGGAGAGUAAUUUUGCCGGAGGAUCGGCCCUCUCGUCUCAGCCUAGUCGAGACAGCAGCGUUGCUCCAGAGGCAGAUGAGAGCCCCCUCAAGCUUCCGGCCACGCAGGACGACAUGAAGAAGCGUUUUAGUAUGGGCUGGGGCAAAUUCACCUCGCAGCUUGGGGCGGUGCGAGCCACAGGGAACCAGCCAAAGAAUGGGGAGCUGGACGGUCUGCUACGCGACUCUCAUAUCGUAGAUCCCGAGGCUACACCGCGCGCACCGGAAUGGCCCGAGCCAGAAAGCAAAAUGUCCGAAGAGUCGGCUCGGGCCCAUCCUCCACCAAUGGAUCCGCCUCAGCGCCGCCAACUCGAGACCAAAAUCUUAAGGCAGAUCAUUCGAGAAUUCACCUCGGGUGCAUUCUUCUACAGCUUUGAUUUCGAUCUGACUCACACCAUGCAGCACAAACGUCGUCGGUUGGCCACCCGAAAAGCAUCCAGUACGGCUCUGCAAACACUGUUGCCAAAGUCGCCAGAACUGGCGACUGAAUCAUCAGGCACAUUCCCUCCAACAGCCUCGGAGAUCCUCGGCAAGGCUGCCAAUGCGUCGGAGACGUUUGUGAUCGAGGACGAUUUUGUUGAGCCCGAUGUGCAGGUGCCUCUUUGGCGUCGUGUGGAUCGUCGAUUUUUCUGGAACGAAUUCCUGCUUCACGAAUUUAUCGAAGCUGGUCUACAUUCCUUCAUCUUGCCCAUUUCUCAAGGCUGGAUACAGUCAUCGAGCUUCAAUAUACCGAUAUCGGGCAACGUUUCGGAUCCAAGUGGUGGUGUUGUUCCCGUAGAUCUGGUGGUCAUUUCUCGCAGGAGCCGAGAUCGAGCUGGGCUCAGAUUCCAGCGUAGAGGUAUCGAUGAUGACGGACACGUGGCAAACAUGGUGGAGACAGAGAUGAUCGUCAGGGCCAAGGUUGAAGGUAAAGCCUCACUGUUCAGCUUUGUGCAAGUCAGAGGGUCCAUUCCGUUGAAGUGGUCUCAGAGUCCGUACUCUAUGAAACCGCCGCCGGUACUUGAUCAGCCCGUGGAUCAGUCCUUCUCUGUAGCAAACGUCCACUUUGACGAUUUCGAGAGUCGUUACGGGCCUAUAACCAUCGUAAAUCUUGGAGAGCAAUCUGGCAAAGAAGGCGCCGUGACCAAUGGAUAUGGUCAAUUGGUGGACAACCUGGCUCGGAAGGACUUGACUUAUCACGCUUUUGACUUUCACGCCAAAUGCCAUGGCAUGAAAUGGGAGAACAUUUCAGAGCUGGUCGAAAUGCUGGACUUUGGGGAGAUGGGAUACCUCUGGUCCCUGUCGGGAGAGUCGAUCCGCGAGCAGAACGGAGCUUUCCGGACCAACUGCAUCGAUUGCUUGGAUCGAACGAAUGUGGUCCAAUCGGCUGUCGCCAGACACGUGCUCUCGACGAUGCUGACUCAGCUUGGACUGAUUCCGGACUCAUCCACGAGCAAUAUUGAGGGAGUCUUCAAUGAUAUCUGGGCCAAUAACGGAGACAUGCUGAGCUUAUGCUAUGCGCAUACGUCUGCACUCAAGGGCGAUUUCGUGCGAACUGGAAAGCGAGACGUCCAAGGCAUGCUGCACGAUGGAAUCAGCUCGAUCAGCCGAAUGUUCUAUGGGGCCGUGUCGGACUUUUUCGACCAAGCAGUCAUUUCCUUUCUCCUCGGACAUCGUAAUCUUGGCGUCUUUAACGAAUUCUUGGAGAAUUUAGAGAGCUCAGAUGCUUCGACGUUGAUCAAGUUGUCACGCGUCCGAGCGGCAGCGAUCGAGACGAGCUCGGCGCGAGUCUUGGAGGAGGACGAGCAGAGAAUCGCGGGAUGGACAAUGCUGUCACCUGAGGACCGGAACGUCAGGCUCACGCUCAAGCUGGAGGAAAAGGUUUUGCUUCUGACGAAAAUCAAUUUGUACGUUGUGUCGUUCAAUUACUCUCUGGAGAAAGUGGUCGGCUUCAGCCGCAUCCCACUCAAGUCGAUCACUUCGAUACAAAAAGGCGCGUACAUUCUUUCGCCACUGCAGGAAGCGGGGCGCGAUGUUUCAGAGAACGCCGGCUUCAUCGUUUCCUUUUCACCCGUCCACGAGGACACCCGGUAUAGCACGUACUCGCUACGUAAUCGUGCUGGGCAUGGUAUCGGAUCACCCACCACCUCGCCGGAGGUGAAUGAACUCGAGACCCGACAACGAGAUGAUCUUGACCCUCACACCACUGAAUUCUUCGCCUUCAAGAUAUUGCCCCGGGAAUUCGCCGUUCGACCCACCUCGAUUGAGGACAGUGAGACGGACGACGAGGGAGGGGCAAAUGAGACUUGUCGACAGGCCGCAGAUCGGAUCGUCAAGCGCAUUUCUGAUCAGUGUCGCCGUGUCAACCCACUGGACAAAUUUGUCAUUGACAAGGACGUCGUCAGCUUGACAGAAGCGCAAAAAUCGACAUCACUAUUACAACGGGUGGAUUACGCCUUCAAAAGGUUCUUGUGGCUCUAA